AUGUCUUCCUCGUCGCGUGCUAUUUUCUUCGACUACGAUAGCGAUAGGCUUAUUUCAGACUUCGACUUGAACGACUAUUUCAGCGACCAAGAAUCAAGUCAGACUCAUCCCAUCGCAUCGACUUCAUACGAGGAACCAGCCCACGCUCCGCUACCCGGCAGUCCUGCUGCAGAGGCCCAACUUGCAGCCUCCCGAGCUGCAAGCGAGCAGGUUGAUGAUACUAUUACCACCAACAAUUCAACUUCCGCUUCCAUUGCAGUCGAUGGCCAGGAUGAAGAGAACCAGGUUGAUGAUGAGGGAGAUGAUGGCAACCAUGGGGACGAAUACGGUGUCGGUGCCAACCAAUUCGAGGAGGCAAUUGACCUACCGGAAGCUGGCUUGACUGCAGAGAGUUCAGAGCAACGAUCUCAUCAACCGUCCGGGCUGCAAGCCAAUGUUCCCGGCGGAAAUUAUUCGGAUGAAAUUCCCCCAGUAAUUACUGCCCUUCUUAAUUCAGUAUUGGUGCAAUUUGUUCGAUCAGAAGAAGGGGAAGACACUGUAGUUCAUUCUGAGGUGGUCCCACGAGAUCGAGUUGAGGGUUUGGACGAUGUUCGUUUUCAGGAGUCAGCGGAAGAGCAACCGCAAGACGAGACAAAUCGUGGCUCAAGCCAGGAGAUCGUCCAAGAUGGUGCCGAACCUGGUGAAGAUGUCGCAGAGGACAUCGCACAACAUUAUGCCCAAGGAGGUGCGGACAUCAAGGCCGAAGGAGAUGAUUCCGAAGAUGUUACCACCGACACUUCCGUACCCGGCCAAGUUCUUUCCAGAAAAAAGAACUUGAAGAAACAAACGAAGCCACCAUACAAGGCUCCCCCAGCCCGACCCCGAGCAACCGGCUUAGUGUGGCCAGAAUUCUAUCCCGUUCCGCUUCCAGCUCCAGUACGCAACAACCCUGGAGGCUGGGAGGCUGCGCACAACGUAAUUGCCAACGCCAAGAACAUUAAGGGCUUCGGCAUGGCGUCGCACACGAAGACAUCCGGACCCAUCAAGUCAACCGGAGCUAAAGGCAAGGACGACUGGAAGGCAGGGAUCAGAAGUGAUCUCCUCAAUGCUUGGAUUCUGCACAAACAUAACAAGGUGCUUUUCACCCAGGGCAUGAAAGAUUACGGAGCCCAAAAUGAGUGGUUCUUCAGCCGGUCUGAGCAGGAGCGUGACGAAUUCCGGAUCUGGGCUAGGGCCAUAGUCGAAGCCGGCCUCCAGGACGAUGACAGAGAUGAGGUUCAGCGGUUGCGGAAUACACAACAGCCAGUUGUUCCCGGCUCAUUCAAUUCUUCUGUGGCUAAUGGAACGUGGACACACCCAACACUAGGUGGUGGAAUGGGCGCCCCCACGAAUGCCGGCAUGCAGGCGAUGAAUGUUGCAGGAGGCGGAAUCGCUAACGAUUCGACCGGUCGGAGUGGUAAUGGUCCUGUUCCCGGACGUCAAGCUGGACCGAGAACUAGACUUAGCAGUGGUUCCCGAAACAAUUCUCGACGAAGCAGAAAGCGUGAUCGAGAGGUCGAAGACGAGGAGGAUGAGGAUAACAGCUCUCGUAAUGUCCAGGAACUCCUUCGACCAAACAAGAAGCGUCGUCAAUCAGUUGGUGGUGGUGCGGAGAUAGAUGCGCAGAACGAGAUAAGAGCUCUGAUGCAAGACCAACCCUUCCUUGAGCCCCCACCCGGUAUGCCACUCCACGAAUGGUAUCGCGGACAAAGCCAGAUCACUGAAGGUCAGGAAGCUCCUGGAAAUGGCACCCAACGCCGACUGCCGCGGCUCAACAGCCCCACCAAUGGGCCCUUGGCUCCAAAUUCGAGCUUCCCAAAUGAAGGAGCAAGUCCCGGGUACACCAGUAUGACUGAUGAACUUCGUGUGCCUCAACUUCCCCAAAGUUACGGAUUCGAUGAGCCAACCACGGCGGAGUAUGAAGGGGCAGCCAACCCAGCCUACCCCGAUCCAAGUGAGUAUGAGCAACUUGGAUACAUAUACCAGCAUCCAACUAGUUCUGUGGGUCAAUCCAGCCGUGGCGCUGAAUCUCGCCACAGCAGCGAACAUACAGGAGCAAACUCACGCGCAGACCUUGAGGCGCGGACGGACCAUAGUGCCGGCUCUUUGGGCAGUCAAGAAGCUCCUCCUGUUGCUGGGAGAGAGGGACGAGUAGUCACUGACGCCGACUACUUCACAAGUGAUGCGCAGGAGAUGGAACAACUGGCACGAAUCACUCAUCCUAGCCAGGCUUACAGGGAUCGGCUUGGCAAGAAUCGCCUGAGAGGGGGUUAGAUUCC